CGUUCAUUGAUGUGAUAUAUUUAUUGAAACAACUUGGACACGCCAAACCUACGAACGUCAAAAAACUGUCGUACAGUUUUCUAUACGUUGACCAAAUUAGCUCAUUUGAAGCAAAAAACUAAGGUGGAUGUUUUAAAAAACCGGACAACUUCGUGCUAACGCAUACUUAAUCAUAAAAUAAAAAUGAGGCUCUGUCAAAGAUUAGUGACCGCUACAGUUAUGGGUAUGUUUGUUUGUAUUUUAAUAACAAGGGAAUUGAAGCAUAAGUCUUCAAAGAAUACUAGGAAGAUGAGUAUUAGAUAUGAUGAUAGUUGGUUCAAAUCAAGUUACAUCAUUAACGAGGAAAGUAUUUGUCGGGAUACUAAUGCGGACAUACUAUUCUACAUCCAUACUGCGCCGAAUCAUAAGAACCACAGGGAUAUAAUACGUUCAACCUGGGGAGGCAAGAAGCAGUAUAGGGAUUACAAAAUUACAAUGGUGUUCUUAUUAGGACAUAGCAAUGACGAUCAAAUCAAUGAGGGUAUACAUAAUGAAAGCACCAUUCACCAUGACAUCAUACAAGGGACCUUCAGAGACACCUAUCUUAAUCUUACAUAUAAGGCUAGGAUGGGGCUAAAUUGGGUCAAUGCCUAUUGCUCAAAUGCAAAGUUCAUUAUUAAGACAGAUGAUGAUGUAUUUGUAAACAUUCCGAUUCUCAUUAAACAACUUGAGGAACUGGAGAUAAAGAAUGAGACAAAAAACCUAUUGAUGUGCAGCGUGAUAUAUGAAGAUAAAGUCAACCGAAAUGAACUACAUAAAAAUUACGUCUCGGAAGAUGAGUAUGAUGUUCAUGAACCAGAUAUAUAUCCCGAUUAUUGCCCAGGAAUGGCCUUUGUGCUUUCGAGAAAUGCCUUGAUGAAGAUACACACAUUGCUUAACUACACAAGGUUUCUUAAAGUGGAUGAUGUUUACAUAACAGGGAUUCUAGCCAAGAUGGCGGGAAUAAAGCAUAAAGACAGCACCAAAUUGACAGGGAUUGACGGACUUUGGGGAAUCAAGUGGCCAUGGGAAGAAUAUAAGGAUUUAGACAGAUCACGCUUGAAUCAAUACAUGUUUAUUCUCGUAGAAGGAAAGCCAGAGAGCAUAGGUGAAAUUUGGGAAAACAUGCAAUUUUGAUCAAUAGAGAUUGUUUGAUAUCAUCUAAAUAAUUAAGAGGAUUACGCACGCAAAACAUGGCACGUGAUCGAUAUAGUAGAAAAAACUGGGAUCAAGAAAAUGACACUCUAUUUUCUCUUAGGUUCCAAUACACCAUUGGAAAGCCUAAGGUGAGCGUCAAUUUUAAGUAUCUGACCUCUCGGAGAUUUGCUAGUGCAAAGUUGAAAAAUGAACCCAUCCAUUUGUCUCAUUAGUCACGUUACAGUACACAGAGACGAUUUUACAAAAGAUCGCAGGAAAAUCAUAGCUGGAGGCCUUACGAAACCAAUCACGUCAGUUGUUUAUUACGAAGUUACCAUGCUUACGGUGAGAUACCUGCCCGCCGCAGUGAUAUACCACUGCACGGGAGUUCGGAGGCCUUAGCUAUAUAGUGAUUUGGAUAUGUUGCUAUAGCAAUCGCAUUCAGCAGUUUUAGCAAUUUCUUUCCAUUCACAAUGACUCCUACUAAUAAUAAUAACUUAGUUAAACUUUGAGAAGAAAUCUGCUUUUGUUCAAUACUUGAUCAAAUACAAAACAUUCAAAUGCAAAGAAGC